AUGUUUUUUUAACAGGCAAAUGAGGUGACUGACAGUGCUUACAUGGGCUCAGAGAGCACGUACAGCGAGUGCGAAACCUUCACGGAUGAAGACACCAGCACACUAGUACAUCACGAGAUGCACGACGAAGUAGAAACGGAUAGUGCCAUCGACUCCACCGUGCACUCGGAGUUCACGGAUCCCAUCGAGGAGCCGGAGCAUGGAUCCCAUCCGCACGACCUGCCCCUGGGCUCGGACCUCAGCCACUCCAUCGUUACGGUCAUUAGCGGAGAGGAGCAUUUUGAGGAUUACGGAGAAGGGAAUGAAGCAGAUUUGUUCUCGGACAGCUUGUGUAAUGGGGAAAGCAGCUUUAAUAGCUCCUCGUUCCUCUCUCCCAGUCCACAUAAAAGGCUCUCAAGCAAGAAGGUGGCAAGACAGUUGCAUCAGACGAGCACGCUGUCCGUGGGGGUGAUGGAAGGGUCUUACCGGGAUACGCUGGAGUGUACAGAAGAGGACAUCACGGACAAGGUAGUCUUUCUGGAGAAGCGGGUGACGGAGCUGGAGAAGGACACUGCUGCUAAUGGCGAGCAGCACAGCCGCCUCAAGCAAGAAAACCUGCAGCUCGUGCACAGAGCAAAUGCUCUCGAGGAACAGCUGAAGGAGCAGGAGCUGAGAGCUGACCAAACACUCCUGGAGGAGAUCAAGAAGCAGAGGGAGCUGCUGAGCAAAAUGGAGAGGGAGAAGAGCAUUGAGAUUGAGAACCUGCAGGCCAGGCUGCAGCAACUGGAUGAUGAGAACAGCGAGCUGAGAUCCUGCGUCCCUUGUUUAAAAGCUAACAUUGAAAGACUAGAGGAGGAGAAGCAGAAGCUGCUGGAUGAGAUCGAAGACCUCACUGUGCAGCUCACAGAGGAGCAGGAGAAAAAGAGGAAGAUGGGGGACAAGCUGAGUCAGGAGAGGCACCAGUUUCAGAAGGAGAAGGAGUCGACGCAGGAGCUCAUUGAGGACCUCAGGAAGCAGCUCGAGCACUUGCAACUCUUCAAACUGGAAGCUGAGCAGCGAAGAGGCAGGAGCAGCAGCAUGGGGCUCCAGGAAUACAACAGCAGGACGCGGGAGACGGAGCUGGAGCAAGAGAUCAAGCAGCUCAAGCAGGAUAACAGGAGCCUGAAGGAGCAGAACGAUGAACUGAACGGGCAGAUCAUUAACUUGAGCAUCCAGGGAGCCAAGAACCUCUUCUCAGCCUCCUUCUCUGAAUCCCUGGCAGCAGAGAUCAGCUCAGUCUCCAGAGACGAGCUCAUGGAAGCAAUUCAGAAGCAAGAGGAGAUCAACUUCCGCCUGCAGGAUUACAUCGACAGGAUCAUCGUGGCCAUCAUGGAGACGAAUCCCUCCAUCCUGGAAGUGAAGUAAGGGCGGCCAAGAGCCGCCGGCUGUGCGCUCGUCGAUGGGUGUGGAUCUGGUGCUCUGAGAGGAUAAAGAGGGACUCGAAACGUCUUUGCUCUUGAUGAAGGCACAAGGAAGCAUCGCGUCAGAUUGGUGGGUGAAUUAGCCAGCGGACCAGGGAAAAAGAAAAUCGGCAGCAAUGCUUUGUUGUCUGACUCUGUUAUUUUGAAACCCUUCUGGUUUUGAGGGGUGAAAGGGAACCUGGAGAAGAAACACAGGCAACGGACAGCCGGAGGAAGGACCCGUAUCGGCCCCGCUACCCGUGAAGCUGGGAACUGUCCUGACAGCGGCGUCAGACCCUCUGGCGUGCGGGGUGCGAACAGGAGCUGUAAGGAGAGGAUUUCUCUGAACUGCGGGAUAACGGGACGGAGAAGGAAGCGACGGAGCUGAUGUUUUUUCCCUUGCUGCCCUGUCCCACCCAAGUAUCUGCUUUGCCAAAGUGUCCCCGACACACUCACUCACUGGGGCAGAUCUGGGAAAGAGGGAAACGUGUCACGGACUUGUAAAGGUGGUUUUUUGUUUUUGUUUUUUUUUUUUAAUUAAC